AAACUUUGCGCGUUUAAAUAAAAACAAAACAGUCCAGCAAGAUUUGGAAAAAAAUUAUUAUUUGUAAUUUUGACUGUUCCACCAUGAAGAAAAUCAGCCUCCACAGUGUGGUGUCUUUACUAGUUUUUAUUGUGGGAUCAUCCAGCAGUCUUCCUAUCUCCACACACCAUGGAACACAGAUUGACACUUUAAAUAAAUCGGAACGAAUAUUUACAAAUGCUCCAAUGGUAAAUUUGCUGAUCAGAAAACAAAGAUCUACCCGCCAUCAUCAACAGCACCAUCAUAAUCGUUGGAGGAAAACAAUGCGGGAAAUAGAACGUGCGGUCCAGGUGGCGCUGCGUCAGAGACGUGAGUUUCUAACAAACUUGAACGCUGUCGACGGAGCAAGUUCUAGAGAAAUUGAACAGGCAUUUCGUCACUCAUCCGUUCGGGAGCCCAUACGAGAUUACGAAAGCAGACCUAGGUUCUACCGCUACCAAAACGAUAGGGCUGAAAAUGACGUGGAGGAAGCUCUUCUCAAAUCCCAAAGCUUGUCUCGUGAACCGUUGACAACUCUGAAUAGUCGCGACCGUGAGGAGUUAGCCAUCAUCGAAAGGUCUCUCCGCAGUCAACCCCGUGAGCCUUUAACAGACUAUUGAUAGAACAUUUGGUAAAAGAAAAAAAUGUGUAGAUUAGUUUCGUUGCUUGAUAAUUUUCUUGUUAUAA